UAUUAUUUGACACAUUAGCCAACAUGUGUGUAGAAUUGAAUUGUAAUAAUAAGAAGCAAUCGGCGUGACUUUAUUUGUAAAAAAUACUUUUGAAAAUAGCGUGCUUUAUUAAAACUUUAUAUUUAUAUAAUCGUUUAUUUUAUUAAAUAUUCGUUUGAAAACAUAAAAGCUCUUACACCUCUAAAACCUAUUAUUUAAAAAGCUAAAUAAUGGAAGUGGAAAACGGCGAAGGACAGGUUCAGGUGCGGCUUAAAACCAAACAGCAGCAUUUUGCUGUACCAGAUGUUCCGUACACAAUAGAAGGAAGCGUGACCACGGCAGAUUUGAAUACAUUUGUAAAUACGUUACUGGAGCAAUCUACAUUGAAUAAUAGUGGAUACAAGUCACCGAUUGAAUUUGAUUUCAUAGUGAUUGAUGAGUAUUUGCGCGGUCGUUUGUGUGAUCAUCUGCGUGAAAAAGAGAUAUCUUUUGAAGAUAGUAUUGACAUUGAAUAUGUCGAACGAUUUCCCGCACCGGAACCGCAGGAUUGUCUGUUGCAUGACGAUUGGGUUUCCGCAGUAAAAGCCUGUGACAAAUGGAUAUUAACUGGCUGCUACGAUAAUACCAUAAACAUUUGGACAGUGAAAGGCAAACAUGUAUUAACCAUUCCAGGACAUACGCAGCCACUGAAGGCAGUUGCUUGGGUUUCGGUUGAUGAAGAACGUGGAAAAUUCGUUUCUUGCUCCCAAGAUCAAACGGCAAUGUUGUGGGAAUGGGUGGUUGGUACGAAUUCAGUUGAAUGUGUCUCGAUAUGUAAGGGACAUGAGCGUGGUAUUGAUUGUGUUGAUGUUAAUCCCGACAGAACAAAGUUUGCUACGGGUAGUUGGGACACAAUGUUGAAAAUAUGGUCGGCAGAAAUUAAUGAGGGGGAUGAAGGUACUUCGAAGAGACAAAAAGAAAGCGGUACAACAAGAGUGCCUGAAAUUACACUGCAAGGGCAUCGCGAAUGCAUUUCUUCUGUACAAUGGAUGGAUUCGAAUACACUUUUAACAGGCAGUUGGGAUCAUACACUGAAAAUUUGGGAUCUGCACCUUGAAGGCAUUAAAUCUGAAAUUUCUUCAAAUAAAUCGAUUUUUGAUGCUAGUUAUUCGAAUUUGAAUCGUCUUAUUGUCACAGCAUCAGCGGAUAAAAACUUAAGACUUUACGAUCCACGCACAAACCAGGGCAACCUUGUGCGCAACACAUAUUUUGGGCACAGUCAGUGGGUGCAAACAGUCAUGUGGUCCACAACGGAAGAAUACUUAUUUAUAUCUGGUUCCUAUGAUAAUCAAAACAAAUUAUGGGAUUAUAGAAGCCCAAAGGCUCCACUCUACGAUUUGCUCGGACAUGCUGACAAAGUGCUGGACAUCGAUUGGUCAAAUCCUAAGUAUAUCGUAUCUGGCGGUGCUGACAAUACAGUGAGAGUUUUCAAGUCUCGAAAAGCUGUGGCGUCCGCACCAAUGGAUGAUGCAAUAUAAAAAGCAGCUAGUCUGGAACAAAUAAUUUUCUAAGAAAAUGCAUCCAGCAUGGAACCUUUUUUCUUUUUUUUUGUACUUUUAAUAGUUAAAUUGAAUUUUGAUAAAAAAGGAAAUGCUUAAAGAUUUCUGCAAUAAAUAUUGAGAGACAGUCAAA